AUGGAGCAGUACUUCUCAGCCACGCAGAAGAUGGAGCAGGAGGUGAUGUUCCCCAGCCUGCUCCGAGGGGUCUUCCCGCAGCAGCAGGACGGGGCGGCUCCGGACGCCAACGGCCACACGGACCUCUACGAGCGCUACCAGAUCCUCAAGUCCAUCAAGCCCGUGGUGGCGAAGGGGGCGGCCUCUGUGAGCGACCAGAACCCGACCAGCACUGAUGCAGAUACAUCCCUCGAUGAGGGUGUAGAUAAUAACCUGGAGGAGCGGCUCUCCCAUCACGUUAAUGGGUUGCAGCAGGUUCUGACAGACCUGACCAAAAACACCAAAGCCCUCACGAGGAGGUACAGCCAGAUCCUGGAGGAGAUCAACCUCGGUGAUGAUCAGUCCAGCUCUUGA